AUGAAGUGUGUUACCUGUUUGUGUGUUAGCGAUACUGAAGGUGAAAAUGAUAUUAAAUGUAGUCAUUUUAUUCCCUGUCCACAGUGUUUAAAGCUUUUAUACUGUUCUGCUUCUUGUGCAGAGGUUGGAUGGUAUGGACAUCGAUAUUUUUGUGAUGCCUCACUUAAUAAAUCCUCUACACAUGAGUCGUUAGUUAAGAAACAUCAGGAAUUUUGGCAACAACGUCAACAAGAGGAAAAACUCAAGAAAUGGUUAAAAUAUAUUCUACACUGUUUAGUUUUUGAAAAAGAUUCAGAACCUCCUUAUGAAAUUCUUCUUUCUCUGUUAAAUACAUUGUAUUCUUUUAAUGACAUGAAUACUUGUAUUAUAAAUGAAAAUUUAUCUCUCCUCAUAAAAGAGGUGAGUAUCAAUCUUGAAACAGUUUUUUCUCAAACUGUGAGUCCUGUGGGGAUAACAAUAUUUGUACUUUUACAAGCCAAAUUUCAAUCACUCUUUCUUCGUGAUCAUGAUACAGCAUUAAAUACAUUACUACGAGGUCUCGCAAAGAUAAUAUUACGAGGAACACCUAAAGAAGUUUCUUUGCUUCAACAAGUCUUGGAAGAUGAACGGAUGAAUUUAUGGACUCGUAAAUAUUCUAAAGUUAUUAUGACUACAACAGAGGUACCACGAUCAUCUCAACGACUUAUGUGUGGUGAAGUAGUGGCAGUUAAUUCUAUUCCUUUUCUUUCAUGGAAGUCUAGUAAUUUUCCUUCCGUAUUAUGUCCUAGACAAUCCUCUUUGUACGAUGAAGGUCUAAAGUCUAUGUGUGAUUCCUUUAUUAACUUGAAAAACAAAGAGUUGACGUUUAGUCAUUUAAUGGAUGAUGAACGAGAGGCAAUCUCAAUAUUACUUGUAGAGGAAUUACCUUCUGUACAAUAUAUGGAAGCUGACGUAGUGGUAUCUUCAUCAACCUAUUUAACACUACUCACAGACACUCCAUCAUUAUCAUUACCUUGUUGGUUAAUAUCCCUUUUCUUUUCCGCUGUGAUUUCACGACGACGUUUCAAAUCAGAUAUGUGGGGUUUCUUUGAACUUGUCUCACGACUUCGACAUUCAUGUAAACCGAAUUGCAUUUGGAAUAGUGAAACUGGUGAAUUAAAAGCUUUGCGUGAAAUUGCACCACACGAACCACUUACAAUGGAUACGAUUUGGGCCUCUCUCAUAGAUACAACCCGUCAAAUGAUGAUGAUGAAGUUACCAACACAUUUACGACAAAAAUCUAUUAGAACAAAUAUUGGAAUAUUAUGUUCGUGUGAGAGAUGUACGGGUAAAGAAAUUUAUUUUCAUUACCCAACUGAUGUUAUGCAGAAGCCAAAACUAGAGAAAGAAGGCAUAGAUGAAGAAGAAGUAGAAGAAGAAAGGCAUACUAAUGAUAGAAAUGCGUUCGAUUUUUUACGAGGAUUUGCAUGUCCUCUUUGUCGAAUUGAAGAGGGAUGGAGGUAUCGUCAACAAUAUCAAGAUGUACAUCAACAACCGAAGGACAAUGAAUCCAAUCAAAGUAACCGCCUUGAGCUUAAGAGAUACUUCACACCAUACGAACCUUGGGUAUGUCAUUCUUGUAAAGAAAAGUGGCGUGACUGUGAUUUACCACUUGAACGAGAAACAGAACUGUCUCGAAAGGCUGAACGUUUACUUCUUAUGGCUUCUCGCAAUAUCAUUGGAAAGGGUUUCUUUGAAGAGCUAAAAACACUUAUGCAGGAUAUUCUGCAUGUUAUGGGACGACAACACCACAGCGUUUACCUUCUCGGAUGUGAGGCAUUUAUAUUAUUUUAUCGUUACAUUGCCACUCGCUUUUCAUCCACAACAAGUCUUCUUGCCCAGAAACACAUUAUAGCAUGGUGCCGCAAAUGGAUCCGCUGUGCACAGAACACACUCUUGAUAAUUAAUUGUCCACAUGUAUAUUCCGCUUUCAUUGUGGAAACGGCACUCUCACUCUCAAGUGUAUCACUCUUACGGGAAAAAGUAAUUCUUCUCCGUCAUGCAGAGAUACACUGUCCUGCUGCGGUUAUUAAUGGCACUAAUAGCACCAUAGCAAGAGCCGUUGCUGAUAUUCUGUACAAUACUAAAAGUCCCGAAUUUACAAAGAUGGCACAAUCACCAUCUCUCUUUGCAAAAUUCAUGGAGGAAGAGGAGCAAGAAUGGGAGGAUGCACUGAUUUCAGAAUGGGAAUCACAUCUCAUGGACCGUGUACACACCGAACUAAAUAGCAACGCAAAACCAAAUCUCCCAACAAAAUUGCUUCACAUAAUACCAAAAAAAGAGUAA